ACUGACUCUGCUACCAAAGCUAAUGUCCAAACAGGUGCCUCUGGGACAAUGCCUGGAAGGUCAAUGUACAAAACCACUGGUUUUGACAGGUGGAUACUCACUUGGGUGAAAAGAUAUCCCAAAGGACAAGUUCCAGAACUAAUCUCCGAAGACGCUAUAUAUCAAGCAAAGAGUAAAGCUAGAGUCAAGGCAGCAAACUACAUGAUGGCUGCAACAGUUUUAAUGUGUCUCGGGACAGUUUUCUAUGCCAAAGGUUUGGUAAAAAAAGGUGAUUCAAUCCAGAAAAGAAGAGAAGACUGGCAUGAAAAUAUCAAAGAGGAAGCCAGAAUAGAAAGAGAGAAUACUGCAAGCAAGUAAAUUUUAACUGUUUGUUUAGAACAGUGAGUUGGUCGGUUUAGCAAUAUCACCUAUGAAUUUCGAUAUUAUUGUAAACAUAUAAUACUCAUAAAAGCAAAUGAAAAGGAAUUAUGUAAAUACAAGUAAAGUUGACUUUCUUUUAAAUGUUUUUUUAAUAAAUCAAAUCUAU